CUUGACAUACGAAUGACCGAGUUCUUCGAGAUGCGAGCUGGCGGUCGCUGUCGGCAGACUUUUUCACUUUAACUCGCGAGCGCUAACUUGAAACACAAAAACUCUAUGGUGGAAGGUGACUGAACUCGGUUCGAAACAAGCGGCAGUUGGGCAAAUAUGAUUGGUAAACUCUCUCCAAAAAUAAGGAGCCUUCAAAGCUGUUUAUUUGCACUCACCCGAAGGUUAUUGUUAAACUCAACAUCAAACAAAGAGAAUUACCCAUUGCCAAUUGAAAACAACCAGAUAGCUCCAAGUAGCUUAAUGCUAACAAACAGCAGGAAACACUUUAGCGACACGGGCUAACAAUUUGAAUCUGUAUGGCACGCCGUCAACAUUUUUUUGUGGCUGUUCUAUUUCAGGAACAGCAGCCCGGUAUCCGUGGCGAACUGUCAGACAGCAGCUCCAGUCUGUCCGAGAAGCCCGCCUCAGAGGAAAAAGGAGGAUUUUUCAGCGGAAUCCUCCGCAAAUCUCCCAAGCUUCCCAAAGAGACGAUACCCAAGCAGGAUCCCGAAGAGCUCUCCGGUGAUCUCUCGGGCAGCACAGACAGCCUGACGGACCACAAGGAGAAAGGAGGGUUCUUUAGCGGAUUUCUCAAGAAGACGCCCAAAGCCGAUAGAGAGGAAAUCACGAUCACACAAAAAGAGCUUUCUUCGAGCAAUGACAGUCUCCCUGAUGUCACAAAGCCCAAAGAGAAAGGAAGCGCGUUCGGCGGAAUGUUCAAAAAGUCGCCUCGAACAAGCGAGAUGCCCAACGCAGAGGAACCUCAAGAUGAUGAGCGCUCGCUGGGCAGUGACGGACCCUCGGAGGAGAAUAAUAAGGAAAAAGGAGGACUAUUUGGUGGAUUCUUCAAGAAGACCGCCAAAGCAUCUCAACCUGACCAGGAUGAGAGCGUGGAGAAAAAGUUGUCAGCCAGCAGCGAGGAUUUAUCGGAAGGAAAAGCAGAGAAAGAUCGAGGGCUCUUUGGCGUCUUCCUCAAAAAGACCCCCAAAGGAGACAGGCCUGACUCACCGGAUAGUGAGGAGGACAAGGAGCAAGCAACUACAAAGGCAGUGGGCGGCGACGAUGUGGCUGAUAGGGACGUCCCCAAGGAUAAAAACCUUUUCAGCAACAUGUUCAAGAAGCCUCAGAAGCCUACAGAGGGCGAUAAGGAAGCGCAAGUCAAGAGUGAAGCGGCGCCAUCUGGGAGCUUGGAGAACUUGUCCGAAAACGUCCCCAAGGUGAAAAAGGGAGGCCUGGCGGGCAUCUUCAGAAGAUCCAACAGCCAAGAGAACCUGCUGGAUGAGGAGAAAGGCGGACUCUUCGGCGGACUCAAGAAAAACACCAACAAAGCGCCCGGCGAGGACCAAGCUGCAGGGGACAAGGAGAAGUCAUCAAGUAACGACAAUCUAUCAGAAAAUACCAAUGCCAAGGGAAAAAGUAUUUUCAGUGGCAUGUUCAAGAAAGCGCCGAAAGCAGGCGACGAGGAGUCAAAUGGCGAUGAGGAAAAGAAGCUCUUAUCGGCCAGCAAUGAAAACUUGACAGAAGAAAAUGCACCAAAGGAAAAGAUGGGAGGUUUGACGGGAAUGUUAAAAAGGUCGCCCAAACCAGCACCACGCUCCAUCGCCACCAAGGAUCCUCUUAGUGAUGGCAAGCAGGAAGAAAGUGUCAAGGAUGACUUGUCAGGAGACGAAUUAGCAGGCCCUCCUGUCGAUCUUGAAGCUGCCCCUGCAAAGGAGAAAAAAGGAGGCUUCACUGCCAUGUUCAAGAGGAUGCCCAAAACCGCUGACAAACAGGACAAUGAUAAGGAUGAGGAGCGGGCGCCAUCUGCAGGUGGGGGGCUGAAACGCAGGAGGACUAUCAAGAAAAAAAGACGAGUUGUAUCCUUCAGAGUCAAGACAACUCUUCCCAGGAUGUCACAGGCCGAAGAAAAGAUGCCGGUCAUUGAGGAGAGUCUGGAGAUGCAGGAGAUGAUACCGGCACAGAGUACAGUUGAGGUCCAACCGGUGGAGAUGGCAGCAUACCCAACUGAGGGAAACCCACUGGAAUCUGAGGAGGAGAACGAUGGCCUGAUGGAAUGGUGGAAAAAUGUUGAAGGUUGGGCCGAGUGGAACGAGACGGCCAAUUUCCAAGAAGAUGAGGAGGGAAUAGCAAUGGAGGAGGCGGCCGACCGUGUCUACAUGGCAGCGCGCCUGUUUGUGCGCCUCUUCAACCAGCGGGGGGCAACCUUGCAACACUGCAUCCUUGAGCUGCUGGCCGUUGCCGAUAACGCAGACUACUUCCAUAAAAAGACGAUAUCGGCAGCCGUAGGCGGAGGCGUGGCCAGCGUGGCUGGCAGUCUGACGACCAUCACGGGGCUCAUCCUGGCGCCAUUCACCUUUGGCGCCUCCAUCAUUGUCACGGCGGUAGGCAUUGGCGUGGCCACGGCGGGCAGCAUCACCUCGGCCACGGCCAACAUAACAGACGCCGUCCACUCUAACAUGGACCGCAAGAAGGUAGAAAAGAUGAUCCAGGACUACCAGGAGCAGAUCAAAGACAUCCGCGAGUGUAUGAAUUUUGUGCAGGAAGGCAUAGACACCCUGCAGGAGUGGGACUUUGAGAAGUACUCGCAGAGUGCUGCCAAGAAGGCCCUAAACCACAACAUCAAACAUGUGGUGAAGGAAGGAGGCCGAGCGGGAAAGGCCUUAAUGAUCAACACCGACAAGCUCAUUAGCACUGUCCAGGUUCUGGGUGCGGGGGCUGGAGCAGCCAAGGCCGCCCAGGCCAUCAGCGUCACCACGGGGGUCAUGUCGGCGCUCUUCCUGGCCCUAGAUGUCUUCUUCCUCGCCAAAGACUCCCAUGAACUGCGCAAAGGUGCCAAGACCAAGUUCGCAUCCAAGAUCAGGGAUGUGUGCAAGGAGCUUCAGGAUGGCCUCCUAGAGCUCAACAAGGUCAAGACACAGCUGCAGAAGACCAUGGAUGGCAUCGAGGUGGAGGAGUAUGAGGAAAUCGAGGAGGUAGAGGAGGAGGUAGACGAUGAACUGGAGUCAGAUCCCAAGAAGCUGGCAGAACUGGAACAAGAGCUGGAUCUCAUGGAAUUAAAACUGGACAAACGGAUUGAGGAGGGCAAAAUCGCCGAGAAGGAAGGUGAGUCCAAGGAGAAGAAGGAGGGGUUGAGAAAGAAGGACAAAAUGGACAAGGAGACAGAGAAGUGGACCGCGGCUUCAAAGGAGAAGCAAGAGAAAGAAACAGCAGCGUCGUAUAAAAAAUUGGAGGAAAAACCCAAAAAGCAGGAUCAUGGUGGGCAAGAUACAUAUGGUAGAACAGGAGAAUCCCCAAAAAAUACAGAACAGGAGAGAAGCCUCCUAGAAGAUAGCGGGAAAGAAGCAUUAGCCAGAACAAACAACUCCCGUACAAAGCCAGAGCAUGAGAGAAGACGGCAGGAAAAUGAUGAGAAAGAAUCACUCGGCAGAACGGAGGAUUCCAAAAGGAAGUCGGAACGUGAGAAAAGUCACAGAGGGCUGACUGUGAAUCCCGAAGGAAGCGUUCAUACCGAUGAGUGGGCCAGUCAGGAGAGAAGAAGCAGCGGAUACGGAUCCAAACGUGAAAGCAAAAUGAUGGAUAGCAUUCAAGCAAAAGACCGGAGGACAGAAGACACAGGAAGUAGAGAAGGAUUGGACUUGGACAAGGGCAUGACGAGGGACACUCACGGGAAAAGCGAUGAACGGAGGGAUUCGCAACAGAGUCGAGAUUCGAGCCGGCGGGACCACACAGAGUGGAGGAUAACGUCCAGCCACAGGAGUCACCACAGGAGAGCGAAGGAAAGGGCGGGAGACGAAGUGCACGGCGAGGAACAACGAAUGAGCCGGACCGAGAGCGCCCGGAAGAAGCUUGAGGAGGAUUAUCGCCGGAGCACAGAGAGUCACAGGAGAGGAAGUGACCGAGUCAAGACAGGAACUGACAAGGAGAGGAAAGGAAGUGACGGGGACAAGACAAAAAGUGAUCAUGGGAGGAGAGGAAGUGACAGAGAGGGGGAACACAGUCGUCGAGGUUCUCGGCAUUCCAGUGUCCUAGUGGAUGAUGGACUUUAUAUUUAGAUUUCUAGCUCUUUGCUGUCUUUUAAACCAGUCUUACCGUUAAUUGUCACAUUUUUUUAAAGAGUUGCAAAUGUUGGUCCUGCUCUUGUGGGAGAAUUAU